GAGCUGGAGGCUGGGAAAUGGCGGCCGCGGGCCUGGUUGCUGUGGCCACGGCUGCGGAGUGCUGCGGCCCGGUCGCCUCGGGAGGUGGUCUCUCCGGCGCUAGCUGCGGCCCCAGCGCGGGGGCGGGCCCGGGCCCCGGUCCGUGGAGCCGCUCCCUCGAUCGGGCGCUGGAGGAGGCGGCCGUGACCGGGGUGCUGAGCCUGAGCGGCCGGAAGCUGAGGGAGUUCCCCCGGGGAGCGGCCAACCACGACCUGACGGACACCACCCGGGCGGAUCUGUCACGAAAUCGUCUCUCAGAAAUUCCCAUAGAAGCAUGUCAUUUCGUUUCUCUUGAGAAUCUCAAUUUAUACCAAAAUUGUAUUCGGUAUAUACCAGAGGCAGUUCUAAACCUACAAGCUCUAACAUUCUUAAAUAUUAGUCGGAACCAAUUGUCAACAUUGCCAGUGCACUUGUGUAAUUUACCAUUGAAAGUCUUAAUUGCUAGUAACAACAAAUUGGUGUCACUUCCAGAAGAAAUUGGACAUCUCAGACAUUUAACAGAACUCGAUGUGAGCUGCAAUGAAAUUCAAACAGUACCUUCCCAAAUUGGUAAUUUGGAGGCCUUGAGAGACCUUAAUGUAAGAAGAAACCACUUAGUACGUUUGCCUGAAGAGCUUGCAGAGUUGCCUUUGAUACGGUUAGACUUCUCCUGCAAUAAAAUUACAACGAUCCCUGUUUGUUAUCGGAACCUCAGGCACCUGCAGAUGAUCACUCUAGACAACAAUCCACUGCAGUCUCCUCCUGCACAGAUAUGUAUAAAAGGCAAAAUCCACAUUUUUAAGUACCUGAACAUCCAGGCUUGUAAGAUUGCUCCAGAUCUGCCAGAUUAUGAUAGGAGACCCUUGGGUUUUGGCUCCUGCCAUGAAGAACUGUACUCAGGUCGCCCUUAUGGAGCUCUUGAUUCAGGUUUCAAUAGUGUGGACAGUGGUGAUAAGAGAUGGUCAGGGAAUGAACCUACAGAUGAAUUUUCAGAUCUGCCUCUUCGAGUAGCAGAAAUCACUAAGGAACAAAGACUUCGAAGAGAAAGUCAGUACCAGGAGACUCGCAGCAGUUUAGUAGUAACAAAUGGUGGAGUGGAACAUGAUCUGGAUCAAAUUGACUACAUCGACAGCUGUACUGCAGAGGAGGAGGAAGAUGAGAUGAGACAGCCCAAAGGCCUGGAACCAGACAGCCUCAGUUCCCAGUUUAUGGCGUAUAUUGAACAACGCCGAAUCUCUCAUGAGGGUUCACCCAUAAAGCCAGUACCUCUGAGGGAGUUUCAAAAAACAGAAGACAUGAGAAGAUAUUCACAUCAAAACAGGGUUCCAGUUGAGCCAUCUUCUCUCAUGUCACUAUCACCAACUCACAAUCAGUUGUCACAUACAGACUUGGAAUUUCAUCGGAGAAGAGAACAAUUAGUAGAGCGAACUCGGAGAGAAGCCCAACUGGCUGCCCUACAAUAUGAGGAGGAGAAAAUAAGGACCAAGCAGAUUCAGAGAGAUGCUGUCCUGGACUUUGUCAAGCACAAAGCAUCACAAAGUCCACAAAAACAACAACCCCCCUUAGAUGGCGAGUGUCCCUUCCCAUCCAGAAGGUCUCAGCACACUGAUGAUAGUGCCUUGUUAGUGUCGCUGUCAGGGUUGAAUCAAGUGGGCUGCGCUGCUACCCUGCCUCAUUCUUCUGCCUUCAUGCCUAUUAAGAAUGAUGACAGAUCUAAUGCCAUAACAAGUUCACCUACAACAGAAACAGUUCAUCAUUCCCCUACAUAUUCUUUUCCUGCUGCUAUUCAGAGAAACCAGGCCCAGCGCCCUGAAAGCUUCCUUUUCCGAGCAGCUGUCAGGGCAGAAGCAAAUAAAGGUCAUGCUUCACCCCUUCUUUCAUCCUCUGCACUUACCACUGAUUCUGCAGAUCCCAUAACAAGACCGAAUUCAAGACAGAGAGAAGAAGAGCUAGAAUUAAUAGAUCAACUACGGAAACAUAUUGAGUACCGGCUGAAAGUAUCACUGCCUUGUGAUCUUGGAGCAGCUCUAACUGAUGGUGUUGUUCUUUGCCAUUUGGCCAAUCACGUGCGGCCUCGAUCUGUCCCAAGCAUCCAUGUCCCCUCACCAGCUGUGCCUAAAUUAACAAUGGCAAAAUGCAGGCGGAAUGUGGAGAAUUUCCUAGAAGCUUGCAGAAAAAUUGGUGUACCUCAGGAGCAAUUAUGUUUGCCUCUGCACAUUUUAGAAGAGAAAGGUUUGAGCCAGGUCGCAGUGACGGUGCAGGCUCUCCUGGAGCUUGCCCCACCCAAGCAGCAGCACCACUUGUCUGCUGCAUAAGGACCCCCAGCACCUGGGCGCUGGCCCGGCCAUCCCGGAGCAGGACAACGUGAUUGCUGCUGCCAGCCAUCUGCUUACACAAAGCUCUUACGUGUUCUUAAAAGGGACUGUUUCCAUGAUUCCUAACAGGAAUAUUUUGCUUCAUUUCUCCAUUUUAGGGGAGGUUAUAUCUGUUUCCAAUGAAUUGUUUUAGGAAGACAUGGUUGGUUUUCGCAAAUGAAACUUACUCUGUCAUUACUGAGAACCCAACACUGAAGCCUAAACAGGCUGUGCUUUCUUAGAUUGUCGGCUUGCCUCCCAUACCAGAAAGAAAUUUUCUCAGAAGGAUAUUUAGCUUUCUGGAAAGCACAGACAUGCUAUUGUCUUUACCUGUUUCCUGUUUCUGGAAUCCACAGGUUACCAAAGCUGGUUGUUCAUUAGAAUCUCUUCUAAUGAGCAUUUCUUAAAAUGUAGAUUCUCAUUCAGUAGGUCUAGAGUGAGGCCUGGGUAUCUGCAUUUUCGACAGAGUGAGAUCACUUUCCCAAGCUGGGUAUUUUUGUAUGACAUGGGGUGUAAUGACCCCACUAUGUUUGUCAGCCACAUUUAAAGUCAAAAGCUAUAUUAUGAUUACUUGGGGUUAUCUGUCCAAAGCAAAACAAAUACAACAUAGAAGGCCUAGAUUUCUGCAUAGUAAAGAAAUGAGAGAGGUAAGUUGUAUUUAAGGCCAGCAUCCUAGGCCUCCCCCAACUUCUGUCUGCCACCACCUAAAGCUUGGUUCUCAUAUGUGACAGCCUGCUAUUAUCUAACCAUUAUAAACAAGCACUCUACACAGAGCUUCCAAAUCCUUAGGAUGGUAAAUGCACUACUCUGCAUUAUUUGCAUUGAGCCCUGCUCCGCUGCCCCCAUGCUGCUCCCAGGUACCUGGACCUGUGAGUACCUUCCACUCACAGCAGAUACACUUCCAGUUCCCUGACUAAUGGAAGAUUAGGAAAACAGGGCAAAAGGAAUAAAAAGCAAAGCCAGGUUUCUUAAUUUCUUUCAAGUAAUUGCCAGUUUCCAUGGCUGACUGAAGGCACUUGUGGCAUCUUAGAAAACAGCAUGAUGUCUCUGUAUCUAGUUCAUCUGACCACCACUAGUGCCUUCCUCACUCAAUCGUGGGCUGAGUAAGAAGGCCCAGGGGCUCCUGGAACACAAAGCCAGGAGCCUUUGUUCAAGUUUAAGCUACCAAGGUCUUUCUUACCCUAUAUUUUAAACCCCUUUGAGUUGUCAGCAUAUCUUUUGGUAUUCACAGUCUUGAUAAACCAAGUAAAUAGAGUAUGUGAAGAUACCAGUUACCUGGGGUUUUUCAGGCUGUGAACUAUUCUAGAUUUUCUUUACCAAUGCGUGCAUUUCAGCAAAAUGUUUUCUAUCAUGUAGAUGCAACAUCUAAAAGUAACUCGGUAAGAUAAUAUUGACUAUCUGGUCAAAGUAGUGUUUUCUCCCUGUUCUCACAGGGAGAUAAGUUCAGCAGGACAUUGUCACUUUGUCCAAGUUUAAAAUUAAAGAACAUAAAACACCUGGCCUCAGAGCCUACUAACCUUCACUGACUUUACAGAACAAAAGUAAAAUGUCUUUCAAGUGCUUUGAGCCAGACCCCAUUAUAUUUACAGUUCUAAACAGACCCACCAAUCCAGCAACUUGUUUAUUAAAAUUCAGAAAAAAAAUCAGCUAUGUGCAUUUCUAAACAAUAGAUCUUUCUCCUUCUAGUCAACAUUGAACCUCAGUACAAUUUCCAAAUAAUAGAAGCCAUUUGAAGUGAAACUCAGCAAACAACAGGACUUUUUGUACCUAUUACGCAAAGAAUAAUUCCAGAAAAUGUGGACAGUGCAACAUUUGGAACAUUUGCAACUAAUGAUCCCAUAGGAAUAAAUGGAAAUUUCCACUUAUUUCACAUCUUACAUAUUACGUGAAACUUUAUUAAUGUAUUUUUAUCAAACUAAUUCAAAUUUAUAUUUGAAUUACUAGAAAAAAAUCUGUGUACAGUUUUGGUUGGUAACAAAAAUAUCAAAUAUAUUGAAUUUAUUUUCUAAGUCAAGAUGCAAAAACAUCUCGUGAUGCUUUUGCUAGAAAAUUUUUGUAUUCAGUGUUUGGUUUGUACCUUUUUUUUUUUUUUUUAAACUGGAAAGAAAACUUAACAUUUAGCCUGGCUAGACUCCAGUGUAAGAUGAAGAUGCUGUAGUUGGUUCCACCUGACCAUUAAUGAAGCAGUGGCCAGCCCCGUGUGAAGUGUGAACCAGGAGGAGGCUGAGUGCCCACCCACCACGGCCCCUGGAGUCUGUAAGUCAGCAGGUUCUCUGGAAGUGGCUCGUGGGCGGAGGGGCCUUUGUGCAGCUAGAACAGGGUAGGGGGCUUAUUAGUACGUCACUCUCUCUAACAGCUUCUUAAAAUACAGCCUCACGGCUAAUCAAGGAGUCUGAUUUCUCUUACUUGCUACAGCUCAGCAGUGACUAAUGGCGUGUGACUGCCGAUGAGUAUGACGAAUUUUUAACAACUAAGUGCUUAAAAUGGUGAUAGAAAUGAAGGAAAACAUGGAUAUUUAGAAACCUUUAUAUAUACGUAUUGCAGUGAGAUGGUUUACAGCAGAUUUCAUUUUAUUUCUGAAAAUGUUGUAAACAUGUAAUUAGUAAAAGAUUUUGUAAAACAUUGUCCCAUAUUUGUAUGUCUGUAAAUAUAAUGCAUAAGUUCUAAGUAUAAAUAUGUCAAUAUCAUGUGUUAUUUUAAAUUGCCUGUAUGCCACCUUACACGUUGACAUUAAAAUAAAAGCCUACACUUCAAUCGCAUGAAAUAAAGGCUGAUUUGAAAAUGUU